CACUGUUAAUAAUUGUCAAUCGAAUCUGACAAAUAAGGAUUGUUGCAGGUCGCAGCGUGUUUUUGGUUUGGGUUCUGUUUUUAGAUUACAAUAAAUAAUGGGUAAAGUUAGAAAACAUAAAACAAGAAGUGGUAAGAAACCGCUACCCAAUGAUGAUAAUGAGGAUGAAGAACAAUUGCCUACUGACGGCAAAGAAAAUGCGAUACAAACUAUAUUGGAUCAGUUACAGGCUGCUAAUGUCGAAGAGAAAUAUUGUGGUUUGCAAACUUUGGGCCUCUUAAUAGAAAGCCCUGAAAAUAUAGAACAGGUAUUAAACCGAGACUUAGCAAAAGUAGUUGCGCCGCUGCUAGUUGAUGCUGCUAGCUCAGUAAGAAACGCGGCAGCUGGCAUGCUCAGAAAUCUUUCCACGGUGAAGCUAGAAGUCUGUGAUGCAUUAAUGGAACAAGAUGUUAUGACACCAUUGAUAUGCUAUUUCCAUGAGCAUGCAGAAACAUGGACUCCCGAUAUAAACUCUGCUACAAAAGAUGAAGAUAUAGACACAUUUAUUCAAAAUGUUAAUUUACUGUUGAAUUUGUGUGAAGGUUCAGAAUUGGCAAUUAAGUAUAUGGGUCAGUCAAGAAUAUUAGAUAUAUUACCUAGAUACCUGGAUAUCUCAGUCUUCAAUAAUGACAUUGUGGCAGCUGUUCUACAGUGUCUAUUUGUUGUUGUUGAAGACAAUCCAAUUGCCAUGGAGAAGAUUAAAUCAAACUGUGAGAAGCAACUACAAACAUUAUUGUCACUUGAAAGUGGCGAACCUGAUGCAUAUCUACUCAAAACCCUAUCGGCUGGAGUUAUCAUAAGCACAUGUCGUGGUAAACUUGCCACUUUGCCAAUAAAUGUUGUCAAUCAAAUAAUUUCUAUAUUGGCAAAAACAUUGUCAGUCGAUCAUAGAUUUGUUUGCAGUCAGUUGUCAAACCAAGUGCCACUGGGUGAUACUUCUGCAAAAAAGGAACCACCACAAAGCAAAUUGACACAAUUGCUUAACAAUCAGAUUAAAUCAGCCAUGCAAAUUGUAGAUGCCCAACAAAGUGCGAUUGAAAUUAUAGCAAAUAUUUGUUCAAAUGAUGAUGGAGAUGAAAAUAAUAGUAAUGAAUCAUCAGAAAGUGAGGAAGCUGAUGAGGAAUUAAUUCAGGGGGAGGAGGAAUCAAUACAUGUGGAAGACAUGUUGCCAACAAAUUUGUUAGAAGCAUUAAUAAAUUUGGAAAUAUUUGACAAAGUAUGGGCCCGCAGUCAACUACCUGCACAUAAUGUAAUGAUGAUAUUAAAAGAAUAUGAAGGGACACAGUUGUUGUGUAAGAAACUCAGCAAUCUGCAAACACGAGCCUUGUUGUGUGUAAAUAACAUGCUAUCUUCUUUGCCUAUUGAACAUUUGGGCGGGAUCAAUGCGGUUUACAAAAUUUGGGUGGAUGCAGGGAAACUAGUGUUUAAACAAGAUUCUGGUGCCGUCCUUCUAGAAUCAGCAACCGCAGUAAUGAGAGCUGCACUUGACAAAAUAAAGCUGAAAGAAAAUGGCAACAACAUGGAAUGUAAUUUGUUUAGUGAUUUAGCUUUGUCGGACAUAGAGAUGAUGUUAACUGGCAUUAGGGAAUGUCAAGUAGCAGAGAUAAGGGCAAACCUUAUUCGCAUGAUCGGAAUAUUGGCUCUGUUAUUGGUAAAUAAGAUAAAUGAUAUAACUUCUAAUGUAAUAUGCACUGUAACGGAGUUCAUAUUAGAGCAGGCGCAUAAAGAAAAUGAAGUUUGGGUGCUGGCAGAAGCUAUAGACACCAUUGUAGAUUUGUAUUCCGAAGACGAAACUGACGCUCUAGCCGCUAAAGUAAACCUCGUUGACAAGUUAAUGGUGCUGACUCCAAUAUUGAAGAAUAAGGCAAGACAACAAAAAAAGCUUCCUAAGGAGUACAAAGUUCUCGUUAGUACGGCUGUCAGCAACCUACCGCGGUUUAUUAGAUAUAAAAAAGAUAGAAUAAGUAAAUUAUAAAUAAGUAAUUAAUUUGGACUCAUUUGAGAUAAUAUUUUUACAAGUUAUGUAUACAGUUUUUAAUAAAGUUAAUGUAUAACGAUA